AAACUUCUUUUAUCAAUAAUACUGAACAAAGUCCCAAAAACUGGGACGCAUUUUAAGUAGUGCUUUUGUGAAUUCAGAAAAUCGUACCUCUCGUAUAUAUCAGGGACAUAUCGCAACAGAAUAAUUGACAAAUCCUAGGUCACUUUUAAAAUGAUUGAGACUUUGACAAAAUAAGAAAAUUGCUAAACAUUUUGUCAAUUAAAAGAAGUCUAUAACUCUUAAAUACUGCCAUUAUAAUAAAUUAUUGGUAAUUCCCCACCUUUUUCUACAAAAGUCGACAGUUAGGAAAAAUGAAGAGGGACAAAGACGAUAAGUACGGUUGGAAUAUAAAGUUUGCCAUUAAUAUACAUUUAAGAAGCAGUAUGCUAUCUUUUAGUGAAGGGUUGGGCUUGGUAACUGACAGGCAUUGUUUGCAUCUCCAGACAAGGAAGCGAGAGGUAGUAACGCUUCCGCUCUGAUGCUACGAUGUAAUAAGCACUUAUUGGUAAUACUAGUUCACUAAUAAUUUAUGCCAAGAUCACAGCUCUCAACUGUACAGCUUUUUACCUAAUAUUUUAUUGUCUGUUCUUCAUAAAAUUUGUGGUUACUAAAAAAUCACUGGGGAUUGAAGCCGCUAAAUACAGGCAUUUGAGUUUCAGGCUUAACAUCCCCAAGAAAAUACAUCAUGCUGUUGUAGCAAUAUCUAAAAUUUGUUUCUAUUUUUGGCCCUCUGCGCCUCCCCAACUGUUUUACGCUUUGUCCGCACUUUAGGGUUUGGAAUGUAUGUGACAAGACCAUUUAACACAACACCAAUUAAUAUGUCUAAUGCUGCAAAGCCACUUUCUUUACUUUCGCAUUUAUUAAGUACCGGACCACGAUUACCACUGACGCAAAAAGAUGACGUACUUUAUCAGGGUGCUUUUGCAUUUGUUGGUAAUUGACGUACGUUCUUUUGUAAUCACUUCUGGAUGGCAGCGUAAGGAAGCGUUUUUGGAGGGAUUACGUUUUCUAACAGGACCGUGCGUUUUAUUUUGAGAUCUGCUUUUCACGGUCAUUUCGCAGAAAUGAGUCACAAGAACGCUAUCAGUGACCCAAACUUGUAUGAAAAUGAAUUCUACGAAAACACUUAAACACAUAUUUUAAUCCAGGAUUGAGAGGUGAUGACUAUGACACUGUCUUUGAGAAUAAAGACGUUAUGUGGCAGCUGUCACUUAAUGCAGUUGAGAAAAAAAUCAAGUGUGUUGAAGCCACAGAAACAAAUCUGCAAGUCAGUACUAGAACACUUUGAUGAAGUGUAUAGCAAGGAGCUUGGAGAAUCUUGGACCCGGGCAAGAGAAGUGAUGUUGUCUCCAUCUUCUUGGCAGUACGCAGUGAUGCUUAACAGAUUCAGUUUUUCUGAAGGACUGGAGGCAUACUUUCAGAAUCAAGGAUUGUCUGACAUUUUUCAUGAUGUACAAGUACCUUCAUCAGGAUGGCUGAAGUGCUAUGUUAGCAGGAUUGCUCAUAGAUAUCCUGCCCAACGGCAUCAGCAGGGACGACUCAAAGACUAUUACCUGCUGAAUGCUGCCUCCCUGCUACCUGUACUAGCUUUGGAAGUGGAAGGUGGCAACCAUGUGUUGGAUAUGUGUGCUGCGCCAGGUGGCAAGAGUCUAGCCAUACUGCAGUAUGCAAUGCCAGGUAAUCUUGUUUGUAAUGAGCCAGACUGCCUAAGACGGAAGCGGCUGAAGGAAAUGUUGGAAUCCUUUCUUCCUGAGCUUUGCAGGAGUGCAGUCACUUUGUCUAAUCUUGAUGGAAGGGAGUUUGGACAACUGCAUCCUGAAGUGUACGACAAGGUGCUGGUUGACGCACCAUGUUCCAAUGACAGGAGCUGGCUUUUCACGUCAGAUAUCCCCCAGGCCAGACAUUGGAUAGCAAGCAGAAAAGAGUUACCUGUUCUACAGGUGGAGUUAAUAAGGUCAGGCAUUGCUGCCCUGCGCCCAGGAGGAAUCUUGGUUUAUUCGACGUGCACACUGUCUCAGUCAGAAAACAGUAAUGUUGUAGACCAGAUUCUCCAGUCUGACUGUGGAGUUGAACUUCAAAAUUUGGAUAAAAUGGCCCAUGCCUUCUCUGACAUUUUCACAUUUUCAGCAAAUACACAGUAUGGGCUGUUAGUACUUCCUGACAGGGAAAGGGCAUGGGGCCCAAUGUAUGUUGCAAGGUUCAAGAAACGUUACCCACCAUAGCAUGUUUAUAAACCACUGUUCAACUUGUCAGUUUCCUUUGUGAUCCUGAACAUCAUGUGCACAGCUGCUGACCAUUGUGGUGAAUCUGGUGACUUUACACUUUACCGGUGAUGUUCUUCAGCUUCCAGGCCAGGUGCUACAGAAAACAUCUCAUGGCAUUUCUACCUGCAUUGUCCUUUUGCUGUACCAUCCAAACUCCAUAUUGCACUACAUAUUCUUUCUCUGGAGUUAUGGAGUAUGGACCUCUUAAAUGGAUUUCAUCUCUUCCUUUGUACUGCAGUUUUAUAAAUCUAUCAUAAGACAGUAUGAAUCAAAAAACAAGACAGAUGACAGUACAUUAAAUGGGUUAAUGGUCAGCAACAAACCCGCUUCAGAAAAAACGUUGUAAUAAGUGUUUCCAAAGCAUCUGUGACUGAUGGGUUGAUAGUUGGUUGAUGAUGAAAUGUGAAUAGAAGAUUAAAAUUACAAAUUCUGAAUAAUGAAGUGAAGGAGAGCAGUUUUGUUUUCCCCCCUCAUGUCACCACUGUCAGGCCUAAAGCACUACUCUGAUUCUUUUCUGGUUUCUGCAAGACUUUUGGGUUUCUAUUACCAUGAUGGGAAUGGACC